GGUUCGGACGCACUUGCCAAGACGAAACGGGUUUCCUCGGGCGUCGAAACGAGUGCGCGUUGCGUGUUGCGGUGUUUGUGCAGUGCAGUGUGCUGUGCGAAAGGUCGGAUUCGUUUCGUCCGAUUUACCGGUGUAUCCAAGUGUAAGUGAGCGUGUGCGUGCGUGUGUGUGUAUUGUGUUUCUUUUGUGUGAGUGCUUUUUGCAUCGUCAAACACCUGCCAGCUACUACACCGGCACGAACUACAAGCAAGCGCUGGUAGCGUGAAAGUAUUUCCUUCCCGAUCGAUUUAAGGGCAUAUUUCGCAUGUGGCGUAGGAGCAUUGAAGGAGAGAAAGAAUUAAGUGCAGAAAGUAUGCUGGCCGCAUGAGAUGGUGGAAAAUUUUAAGUGAAUCGUGAAGCAAGGAAAGAAUUAGAGCUGGCAGGUUGAGGUUGAACCAUUUUGGUGGAGUGCAUCUGUAUACGGUAGUGUGCAUAUGGAAGUUCGUGUGGUUCUGGAAAGGCGUAAAGCGUGAAUAGUGCAUUGAACGAAAAGUGCAUUGUGUUUAGAGAAGAAAGAAGCAAACAAGUGGAGAAGGAUAUAAAAAUUAAAAAAAUAUAUAUAAAAUAAAUAAAAAAUAUCAACGCAAUUUAGUAUUGAACUAAAAGCAGUGUAACAACAAUACAAACAAACUUACUUAUAAUAAAACAAAAAGAUAACAGAAAAAAGUGCACCACCUGCUAACAGAUUGAACGCCCGUCGUUUCCGACCAUCCGACAUCUCCGGCUUACAUCGUCGACGUUCAAACUCGCCCGGUUGCGAUCGAUUGAUCGAGUUGAACAAACCGCAACCGAGAACGGCCGGUCACGAAGAUACGCAAGCAGCCAACUAAUUAGAGGCGUUUAUCCAAAGCACCUCCAGUCCAACAUCCAGCUCGCCACUCGGGCACAGAGCGACCCUCGCGUGUGUGUGUGUGUGAGCUGUGGCGUUUUUAUUUCGAGUGUUGCAGUGUUAAUAGCAAACAAUAACAAAAGCUGAAUAAGGUGAAUACGGAAACCAAGGAACCAAACAACGGCCAACGGAACGCAGCAGACCAGUGGAAGAUAUUCUGAUGCAUCGUCGUCUUCACAGUGUCCAGGACAACUGAUAUGGUCAUAUAAAUGUCGCUUAAAAAGGCUUUCGAUGGUGGAUAUAGAUCUGAACAUCUCCACCAUGUGGAGUCGAUGGCGGACAUCGAUUCUACUGUUAACCGCACUCUGUUGGAUUGCUGAGCGUGCGCCAACGGUGGCGGGUCUGGCCGGUGUGGCCGCCGGUUCUAGUCACAACUACAAGAUCAACCCGAAGCCCUGCUCGGUGAACGGCAUCGACGGUACCUGCAUGUUCGUAUGGGAAUGCAUCAAAUCCGAGGGCCAGCACGUGGGCAUGUGCAUGGACCAGUUCAUGUUCGGGUCCUGCUGUUCGCACAAUCUGACCGAAAAUGUGAUACCGCAGAGUGGCAGCGGCCACCAGCACCAGACGUUUGUUGGCGGCUAUCGGCCGAAACCGACGGGCUCGCCGUCCGGUGGGAAGUAUAAACCACCAAGGCCAAGUACUUUUGUUAGUAGUAAUGGCUACACCACCAUCUAUCGGCCGAACGGCAGCGGUACGCUGGUGAUACGACCGUCCCACAAUCACCAUCAGCAGUCACAUCCGCACCACACGUAUCAUCACACUCAUCAUCACAGUAAGCCGGGCGGCGGCGGCAGCGGCGUUAGUAGUUCCAGUAGUAGUUCGAGCGCUGGCGGAGGUGGCGCUUUCGUCACCGGCAGCAAUCACUUUAGUCAAAAGCCAACCGAAGGCAGUGUAAAUAAACAUUCUACCUUAUCGACGCUGGUACAGCAGCAGCAGCAUCAGCAUCAGCAGCAGCAGCAGCAGCAACCGCAAACGGGUGCAGUCGACCAAGAGAUGGCAGCGAGUGCAUCAACCGGCGUAUUUACCACUCACUGGCAGGCGACGACGGAGCCAAGUUUCAUCACGCGAACGAAACCGCCGAAACCAAACAAACCGUCCAAGAAACCGAUCCUGUCCAUCUCGAACAACAUUCAAAGCACCGUCCUGAAACCAAAACCAUCGGCUAAGCCGACCAAGCAAAGUACGACCAGUACAAGCACCACUACCACUACGACGACGACAACAACGACAACGACGACCACGACGACGACCCCCAGGCCCACAACCAGAAGGACUACGACGACUACCACGACAACCACGACUACGCCUCGGCCUACUACCACGUCCUCCACCAGCACCAUUGGAUCCAGCAGUAGUACCAGCAGCAGCUCAACAGGUUCCCAAGCGCUUGCAACAGCAUCCCCAUCUGUGAUUGACGUCGACGAUGCUGCACCGUCCAUUGCGUCCUACACCACGGCACCGGGCCGAUACACCAUUUCCGCAGCAAGAAACGCUGAAUGCGGCAUUCAAACGAUGGGCCGACCGGAAACAAGGAUCGUCGGUGGCAAAAAUGCUCCGUUCGGCCGCUGGCCCUGGCAGGUGUCGGUGCGGCGCACGUCAUUUUUCGGCUUCUCGAGUACCCACCGGUGCGGGGGAGCUGUCAUAAAUGACAACUGGAUAGCGACGGCGGGCCAUUGUGUCGAUGACCUUUUAACGUCCCAGAUCCGGAUACGGGUCGGCGAGUAUGACUUUUCGCACGUGCAGGAACAGCUGCCAUACAUCGAGCGGGGCGUCGCCCGGAAGGUGGUCCAUCCGAAGUAUAACUUUUUCACGUACGAGUUCGACCUGGCGCUGGUGAAGCUGGAGCAGCCGCUCGUCUUUGCGCCCCACAUCAGCCCGAUCUGUUUGCCGGCGACGGACGAUUUGCUGAUCGGGGAGAAUGCGACCGUUACCGGCUGGGGUCGGCUGAGCGAGGGCGGUACGCUGCCAUCCGUACUGCAAGAGGUGUCCGUUCCGAUCGUGAGCAACGACCGGUGCAAAUCGAUGUUCCUGCGAGCUGGGCGGCACGAGUUUAUACCGGACAUUUUCCUGUGCGCCGGUCAUGAAACGGGCGGCCAGGACUCGUGCCAGGGUGAUUCGGGCGGACCGCUACAGGUUAAAGGCAAGGACGGUCACUACUUCUUGGCCGGCAUCAUCUCGUGGGGCAUUGGCUGUGCGGAAGCGAACCUGCCGGGCGUUUGCACGCGAAUAUCCAAGUUUGUGCCGUGGAUCAUGGAAACCGUGUUGUGAUAAUCACCACGCAGCAAAGCAAUUUGCAACGCGCAGACGGCAACAAAUGGAGCCCUUUAGUGUGUACGAGAAUGAUAAAAAAGAGAAGAAAAAAGAACGAAAGGAAGAAAGGAAGGACGUACACAGAAGCAGAAGUGUACAUAGCUUUGUUAGCAUACAAUCGAGAGAGAGAGAGAGAGAGAGAGAGAGAGAGAGAGAGAGA